ACGAAGGUAAGAGCCAUAGGCCGAUUAUUGAGUACUGAAAAUCGAACGUUUUCGGUGAAUUGGGGCGAUAGGCAGAGGUAUGAUGUAUGGAGCGAAGAGGUAUCCGAAGAGGUCUAUCAUCGGCAGUAGAGUUUGCGCGCCAUGGCAAGACGGUGUAUUUUAUGCAGGAACGAUAGAAGAGAUGCACACUAAACCAAAUACGGAAGAGGACCUGUUCGCCAUCCGUUUUGAUGACGGGUAUGCAAAGGAAUACAGGGACAUUGAUAUUGUCGGACCCGGCUUUAGCACUAUUAAUAGCUUCCAGUUGAAGUUCAACCAAAAAGUAUUUAUUACUCACAACGGACGUGAGUUGAGUGGUCAUGUACAAAAACAUCGCCGGCCAAUGGAUGAAGUUUUCAUCAAAAUCAACGAAACUGGUGUCGAAACGUUGAUACAGAGAAAGAUUGACGAAGUCCGAUUAUUGAAAAGCCGAAAGUCGGCUCGCUUACAGGACAGCGAGACAGAUUAUUUAAAACUGGCUGAUAUGUGUCCUGAGCCAAAGAAAAGAACGGCAUCUCAAGAAAUCAACGUUCCGAGCCACGGAGUUGUAUUUCCUGAGAUGAAACGCAAAGACGAAGAGUCGGAGGCAAGUAUGGAUGAAGUGAUGGCGGCGAUGGUUCUGACAAGUUUAUCAAGUAGCCCAGUUAUUCGGACGCCGGAAAGGAAAGACAGUACCGAAAAGGCACCUCUGAGCCCUUUGAACUUUGAAGGAUGUUGGGGAGAGGAUUUCUCUAUGAAUUCAGACUCUGGUAAUGAUAGAAGUCCAGAGUCGAGUGGUCACUUCAGUUGGGAUUCCAGGGAAACGCCUUCACCACCGAACAGUAAUGGAGCAGCAUCGCCACCCAUGAGUGGUAACACACCUCAAAAUACACCGGUGGAGCAUGGAGUAUUUGGUUCAGAGACUGAUGAUGGAAUCGACGUUAGUGAAAAUGCAUACACAUUAUUAGAGACACCCGUUCCUAAGAAGCGAAAGUUCUAUUUGCUUGCCUCAUCCACCAAACGAAAACCAAAAAAUGGUGAGUCCUGUGACCAUGAAGAAGAGUUUUACUACACAGAGUUUGAAACAACAUUAGAGAGAGUUGAGAGCAUGUCUGGGGUUUGCACGUCAUCACCGCCACCCACGUUAAGUCAUAUGGACAUGGCUCGACCACGACAUGAGGAUCCAGCACUGAGAAAACAUAGUGUGGACAGCUUACGCAGGGACCACAAUGCAGCUAAACAGAUUCUGAUCGGUGGUGCACCUCAACAGCCGCAGAGUUUUACUUGGCAUCAAGUUCCCGGAAGUCCAACAUUUACGUUUUCAGCAUCUCCAACUAAAGUUGCUUUGCCUUUUCGACAGAGGUCAAACAGCGCCCCACAGAGGCUCCAUCCUGCCUCUCCCAAGUCACAUAAUGCAGGUUCCCACCAAAAAACUCAUGGAAUUUCAGGACCAUAUCCAAAGAAAGUACGAGGAGAAACAAAAAAGUGUCGGAAAGUUUACGGAAUGGAAAACCGUGAUAUGUGGUGCACACAGUGUAAAUGGAAAAAGGCCUGUGUUCGUUUUGUGGACUAAGUUAUGUGGAAUAUUUAACAAUUUAUGAGGAAAGUAACCAGCAAUGUUUGGAAGUGCAAAUGUCAGAUUUAUGCUGAAACUGCCAAAAAGAAUUCGGGUUUGAUUCUAAUCAACAGGAAGCAAUGAUUAUAUUGGCCGAUGUACCUUUAAUUGGAAUAAGAAAGAAAAGUACAUAAAAGUUUUAUUUUAGAAAAAACUUUGAGUAAUUUUAAGCAGUUGAUAUUUGGUACUAUACUAAUGCCAUUAUUGAAAAGAUAGAUACAAGUUUAAGGUGCAAGGCAAUGUUUAUGACAAUCGUUUUUUAAGGACAUAUGUGAGUUUAAUGUAAAAACAUGUAAAAAUGUAAAAAAGGCUAUUUUUUAGUUUUUUGAAAGAUAUAUCUUUUUUGUGAUGGUGUUUGAAAAAAGCGUUUGUAGUUUUGUAUCUGUAUUGUACAUACCGUAUAACAUGUUACAUCACUUAUCAUGUGUACAUUCCAAAAAAAGUACAAAUAUCAGACAAAUUUGAUUUGUCCAAAAAAAAACAAACACUUAAUUGUGAUCAAGAAACAUAGUUUUUAAUUUAAUUGAUUUGCUCCACCGAAUUAUUUGUUCUUCUCAAUUUUUGUGAGAAAAUUUGAUAGAAAAUGGUUUUUAAAAUUGCAGAUUAAUCAUACUGGAAGGAGUUUCCAUUAGAUUCUAAAAUAUUUGAGGACUUUUAAUACAUAACCAUCAUCAUCUGUAACAAUUUAUGUGGGUAGAAAUUUCAAAUUUUUCUUUUAAAAAUUGUAUUUAACCAAAAAUAUUUCUUCCAUCCAUAUCUUUGCUUCCAUGAGCAUUAAGGCCAGUUUACAUGUAGCGGAGUUGCUCCUGAAUUUAUUCAUAAUCUCACCUGACAUUUCACCAGGACUGUCAUCGUUUGUUUCCUACACAAAUGUUGAUUGAAAUCAUCAAGAAUGUUGAUCAAAUCUUUAAAUAACUUCAAAAUUAUGGUAGAAUGACCCUUGAUUUGGAAAAAUUUCUUUAAAAUGUGAACUAACUUCCAGAAUGGAGACUACCAAUCUUGUUAUCAAGGUAGAAAUUUCCAAAUGUCACUAAUUUUUAAUCAAAAUGGCAGCCAUUUGGAUAAAUAAUAAAAAACACGCUUUCAUGGAAACAUAU